CCCGCUCCCCGGCUCGGCGGCACGGCCCGGCCCCGCGCGGCCCCCGCCCUCGGACCCGCCCCCGGGGGUCGCCCAGCCCCAUGCCCUGCAGCGGCGGCGGAGUAGCGCGCGGCCGCGGGCGGCUCUGAGCGGCCCGGAGCGAGCCGGCGACGAGGGGACCAUGUACCGGGACCCGGAGGCGGCCGGCCCAGGGGCGCCCACCCGCGAUGUCCUGCUGGUCUCUGCCAUCAUCACCGUCAGCCUUAGCGUCACCGUCGUCCUCUGUGGCCUCUGCCACUGGUGUCAGCGCAAACUGGGCAAACGCUACAAGAACUCCUUGGAGACCGUGGGCACGCCAGACUCAGGGCGUGGGCGCAGUGAGAAGAAGGCCAUCAACGAUCUAGACAGAGACUUUUGGAAUAACAAUGAGAGCACAGUGCAGCAGAAAUGGAGCUCCUAUCCUCCCAAGGAGUUUAUUCUAAACAUUUCACCCUACGCCCCUUAUGGCGACCCACGACUGUCCCUCAAUGGCACCCUCCUGUCAGGCGCCAAGGUGGCCGCUGCGGCGGGGCUGGCGGUGGAGCGGGAAGGCCGGCCGGGGGAGAAGCCAGCGCCGGUGCCGCCACCUGGAGAGGACGCCUUGAGAAGCGGCGGUGGGGCUGCCCCCAGCGAGCCGGGCAGCAGUGGCAAGGCGGGGAGAGGCCGCUGGCGGACGGUACAGAGCCACCUGGCCGCAGGGAAGCUCAACUUGUCCAAUUUCGAGGACUCCACCCUGUCCACGGCCACUACCCUUGAGUCUAUCCCCAGCUCCGCGGGAGAACCGAAAUGCCAGCGACCCCGCACUCUGAUGCGGCAGCAGAGCCUGCAGCAGCCGCUGAGCCAGCACCAGCGGGGCCGGCAGCCCAGCCAGCCCACCACCAGCCAGAGCCUGGGCCAGCUGCAGGCCCACAUGGCCUCGGCGCCGGGCCCCAACCCCCGGGCCUCUGGCCGAGUCCAGGCUCGGCAGGGCGCCUCAGCCGGCUCCAAGUACCGGGCGGCCGGUGGCCGCAGCCGCUCCAACCCAGGCAGCUGGGACCACGUGGUGGGGCAGAUUCGAAACCGAGGCUUGGACAUGAAAUCCUUCCUGGAAGGCAGGAUGGUGGUGCUAUCCUUGGUCUUAGGGCUUUCGGAACAGGAUGACUUUGCCAAUAUCCCUGACCUGCAAAACCCAGGAACCCAGCAGAACCAGAACGCUCAGGGGGACAAGAGGUUACCUGCAGGAGGGAAAGCAGUGAACACAGCUCCAGUGCCAGGCCAGACACCCCAUGAUGAGUCUGACCGCCGGACCGAGCCACGCUCCUCCGUCUCGGAUCUUGUCAACUCCCUCACCAGUGAGAUGCUCAUGCUCUCCCCAGGCUCUGAAGAAGAUGAGGCCCACGAGGGCUGCAGCCGGGAGAACCUGGGCAGGAUCCAGUUCAGUGUCGGCUACAACUUCCAAGAGUCCACCCUCACCGUGAAGAUCAUGAAGGCCCAGGAGCUGCCAGCCAAGGACUUCAGUGGCACCAGCGACCCCUUUGUCAAGAUCUACCUUCUGCCAGACAAGAAGCACAAGCUGGAGACCAAGGUGAAGCGGAAGAACCUGAACCCCCACUGGAAUGAGACUUUCCUCUUUGAAGGUUUCCCCUACGAGAAGGUGGUGCAGAGGGUCCUCUACCUCCAGGUCCUGGACUAUGACCGGUUCAGCCGCAAUGACCCCAUUGGGGAGGUGUCCAUCCCUCUCAACAAGGUGGACCUGACCCAGAUGCAGACCUUCUGGAAGGAUCUGAAGCCAUGCAGCGAUGGGAGUGGGAGCCGAGGGGAGCUGCUCUUGUCUCUCUGCUACAACCCCUCUGCCAACUCCAUCAUCGUGAACAUCAUCAAAGCCCGGAACCUCAAAGCCAUGGACAUCGGGGGCACAUCAGACCCCUACGUGAAGGUGUGGCUGAUGUACAAGGACAAGCGGGUGGAGAAGAAGAAGACGGUGACAAUGAAGAGGAACCUGAACCCCAUCUUCAACGAGUCUUUUGCCUUCGAUAUACCCACAGAGAAGCUGAGGGAGACGACCAUAAUCAUCACCGUCAUGGACAAGGACAAGCUUAGCCGCAAUGACGUUAUUGGCAAGAUCUACCUGUCAUGGAAGAGCGGGCCCGGGGAGGUGAAGCACUGGAAGGACAUGAUUGCCCGUCCCCGGCAGCCGGUGGCCCAGUGGCACCAGCUCAAGGCCUAAGUGGGGCCAAGGGAGGCCCAGGGGGCUGAGGGCCUGGGUCCCCAUCAUGCCCUCACCACUUUAUGCACAAUGCCUGGCCUGGCCCCCCACCAUAGGUGAAGGGAGGACCCUGAGGGCUUGGCCAGGGAGGGGUCCCAGGAGUCGGUUGGGCCCCAUUUCAAGGAAGUACCAGCCUCAUCCUCCACCAGUCCAGCUCUGGGGGAGGGGCGCUGGGAGCCAUUUUCCUGCUUUGCCCCUUGCCUUCCUAACUUGCUGAUACUAAAGAAGUGGGGGAGAGUGUGAAGGCCAAAGAGGCAGAUGGGCAGAUCCCUCCAGAGACCCGCCAGGUGGGCAUAGUCCCCCGUUUUCUUUAAGGCAGCGCCUGGAGUGGAGAGAAGCUGCCCUCUCCCUAGUUCCCGAUGUGGGCCCAGGAGAGGGGAGGCUGAGGCGUUUGGCCCCAGCAUGGAUGGGAGAGGCCCAUCCCAGGGCAGUUUCAGGUGCUGGCUGGGCCCUGAAUGCCAAGGAUAGUAUAUAGCCCGCUCCAGGGUCCUGGAGCUGCAACGUGUGUACUUGGCGUCGUGUCCACCGUGUGUGUGUGUGUGUGUGUGUGUGCACGCGCGUGUGCAUGUGUGUGCACAUGUGUGUAUGGGGGUGGGGGCACACUUUCCCUGUCCUCCUGGGGUCGGCAGUGCAGAGUGCAGGCUUUCGUAAAGUGGGGUGGGGCAGGAGGCUAAGAGAGGUCAAUGCACAGGGCUGGGGGUAGGCAAGGAGAGGUGGGUGCGUGGUGAGAGGGGAAAGGUGGGGUGGGGAAGGGGAGCAAACCCUGGAGCUGCCUCCUGCCACCUCCACCCCAUGCCCUUCUCUGCUCCAAGUUCUCCAGGAGCGCCUUGUCAAUUGAUUUCAUCUCUUGAACAUCAUUUCACAUCUCUUCAGCACCUACUGGGUGUAUCACAAUCCACCAGGACCCCCUCUCUUCCUCCUCAGGGGUCCCAAGCCCCCACUAGCUCUCUUCCCUUAACACACCCGUCCAUCCAGACACCCUCAGCCUUCCCAGAUCUCAGAUCCCAGCCAAGCUGGCAACAUUCUCCCUGCUUCCCAGGAGGCUGCUUCUCUGUCUAUGCAGACCUCUGGCACCCCUGUGCUCACACGCCGUCCCUUCCAUUUGGGGGUGGGGUCUGUAGCCCAGCUUUCUUUCCCCACCCCUCCCGUUUCCUGGGAGCAGCUCCUUCUGCCCCGCAGUUCAGGCAAAGGAAGCAGGGGAAAGUCCAGAUUGUGCAAAGUCUGAGGUUGCCCCGCACAAAGCAGCUGUGGCUUCUCUGCCUCAGCCGCGGAAGAGACUAGAGCUGGCCUCCCCUUGGAGACAGCGGAUUCCGGGAUAAUCCCUGCUCGAGCCCGCUCCGCCCCCCGCGGGGGGCUGGUAGUGAUACCACACGGGGCUGACAUUCCGGCACGGGCCGCCGGGUGGCGCCCGGACACCACGUCUACGGCCGCGGCCUGGGCGUACAGCUGCGUCCCGGGUGGGCCGGGCCCCAGGGGGGACUCCGGCUAGGGCCCCACUUGCAGAGCACCGCCAAAGCCUGGGAACUUGGGAGCCGUUGGCCUUCAGGAGGCUGCCCCUCGAGCUGCCCGUGCCCAAGCCGCUUGCACUGGAUCUCCCACCCCUGCCCGCGUCCCCUCCCCAGAGGGUCUGGAGGAGUCUCCAGAGCAGGGGGGGGAAUCGUCUUGUAGAUUGAAGAGUGCUCUUGUAAAGCAAAUAGUCACCCACAUUUCUCGUAAAUCCCGAUUUUUCUGUAUUGUACCUUUGUUGAAGAUGAAGGCCUGCACCACCUGCAGGGUCAUUGGGCGGGCUGGCGACCAGCCCCCAGCGGGACGGGAGGGCAGCACUCGGAACGUUGUGUACAAGUGAUGAGGGGGGCUGUGGGAAGCCUUGCAAGACGAGGGAUCUGUCACCCCCUCGCCCCCUCAGACCCUCUGUCCCUCCACCACGUGGCGCCAGCCCCGCCGGGUAUCCCCCUGCCCCAGGCGGAGCGGGAGGGGGGGCGGGGAUUGAACCAACCAACCAACCUGCAAUGGGUGGCGACCGCAUCCCUCCUUUCCGAGUCCUGCCCCCCCAGCUCUCGGCCAAUCGUAUGCAGAGAGCACCUUCGGGGGCGGAGCCUGCUCCCAAUCUGACCACCCAGGCGUGUAGGUGAACCCUGCCCGCCUGCGUCUUCCCAACGUCCAGAUGCGAUGCCCCGAGGCCAGGGAGAGGCAGUAGCGGGCGGAGGGCUAGCGGGCUGGCACAGGAGGGGCGGUAGGCCGUGAGGGCGGGGGUGGGCUAAAGCUAUAGGAGAACAGGGAAUGGGGGAACUUGAGGAUGGGGGGGAGGGCACGGAAGCCCUGCCACCCGCCCAGGACCGUGGGCAGAUCACCCACACUCCCAGGGCCUCAGUUUCCCCAUCUGUAAAAUGAUGGUAAUAAUACUUCACCUACCUCAUAGGGGAGGUUGUGAGGCCGCCGUCACCUGACCUGGGGGUUUGGCAGGAGGACUGUGAAGGUGCUACCCGGGAGCAAAGUAUUAUUACUGUAGCCGGAAAGCAAGGCCUGCCUGCCCCCCCCCCCCCCCCCGCAGUCUCCAGGGAUAGCCGAGGCUGGCCUGGGCCCAUCUAUCUCUUCUUCACUGUGUCCCAGGUCCCUUCAUGAGCGUCAUCUGCUGUCUUUGUGGGCGCCCUAGACUUAGCUGUUACCUUGUUCAGGUAUCCUUUCUUGUGACCGUCUCCCUACAUAACUGCUGUACAAAUUCCACCUGCCACAGGACCCCGCACCUGCCCACUGGCGCCAGACGCCAGGGAAGGGACAAGGAAAACAGCCACAAAAAAGCCAAGGGGGCCUUCAGAGCCCCCAGCCUGGCUGGGGCCCCAGGGGUGGGGGUUGGUGGCCGCUGUUUGUAUUAUGUUGGAGUCCUUGAGUGCAAGUGUUUUAUUAAAAAAAAAGAGAGAGAGACAGAUAGGCAGAAACCCACUAUGACGAGAAAAAAAAAUGCAGCAAAGAGAAA